CCGGCGAACCCUCCCAGCAUGGCGGCUGCGGCGGCGGCGUCGCGGCCCAGCCAGCGGCGGCAGCAGGGCGCCGGAUGCGGGAAUACGAUGUGCCUGAAGGGCCGGCGAAGGUCGUCGUCGCCUGUGCUCGUCGUCGUGGUGGUGCGUGUGUGAGUGCCUUGGAUUACGCUGCCCGCGCCGACCGUGCCCGUGCGGUUCUGCGCGCGCUGAUCGGCGCCUCUGUAUGGUUCGGCGGGACUCCCCCACGCUGCCUGGUCGAGCAGGGACCCCCGGCCUGGCGCCCGAGUCAGCGUUCGCCAUGAGCUCCAAGGAGGCGGCGUGCGCUCCGAUCCAGCUGGAGCCGGUGGACCUCUCGCUGAACAGCCGGAGCAGGUCGUCGGCGGCCUCGUCCGGCCGGGGGCUGCCGCUGGACGAGCAGCCAACGCCGCCUUCGUCGCCGCCUUCCUCGCCACCGUCGCCGGACCUCAACAAUGAUCUGGCGCUGGCCCUGUACACCUCGGCGGCGGCGGCGCGGAGGUUGGAGGCCCCCAGCGACCUGCCCCGGACGUCACCUACGUUGGCCGGCAGUCUACCGGAGGAGAUCCUGGCUUGCCGGACGACGGGCGCCAUCCUGCAAAGCAUCAAGGAGGCAUCCCUAGCGCUGCAGCAGCAACAGCCGCCGUCGCAGGCACUGAGUAAUGGCGCGGUGUCGUCGAGGCUGUGCUGGCCGCCGUCGUCCGCCGCGGUUUCCGCGGACUCGGACUCGCUGCGUCGCCGCAAGGUGCACAAGUGCGACUUCGAGGGCUGCCAGAAGGUCUACACCAAGAGCUCCCACCUCAAGGCGCACAAGCGCACGCACACAGGCGAGAAGCCGUACACGUGCACGUGGGAGGGCUGCACGUGGAAGUUCGCGCGGUCGGACGAGCUGACGCGCCACUUCCGCAAGCACACGGGCCAGAAGCCGUUCAAGUGCCAGCUGUGCCAGCGCUCCUUCUCGCGCUCCGACCACCUGUCGCUGCACAUGAAGCGGCACUGACCCUCCAUCAGAACUCGCCGGCUCCAGCGGAGGCCGUUGUCGCCACUUGCUCAACUUCCCUGGCGCCCCGACCCGCUGCUGCCGGCAGCGCCCCCUACCUCCGCAGCCGAGAGAAGAGAGCCGUUCCUAAUAUAUAUGUCCACACCAGACACACAAGCAUAUGUAUAUUACACAUGAUAGGAGAAAGAGAAGAAGACGCCGUUGAGCGCGGCCUCAGUGGGCGGCGGAGACCGCCUCCGCGGACGUUUGACGGACCUCUACUUCUUUUUUUAACGGAUGUUUAUGCCCCCACGCCUGUGGUCAGUGUGCUCAAAGGGACGCCCCGGUGCCCAGACAGUGCGCGCGUGUGUGUGUGCCCGCCAACUGAACUCUGCUGUGCGCGUGAACCGCCUCGGCCAUCAUCGAGCGAUGCAUGCGCACGCACACAUAUACACACACACCUUUCUGUACACACAUACACUUCUUAAGCCUGCGUUGCCGGCUUGACAAAACCGCCCGGUGCUGACACGCAGCCUUCUUUUCGUACAGUCACGGUUUUCGUUCGCUCCCCUUUGUUCUUUGUCGGGUGGAUGUGUGUGACGCUGUCCGAGGUAUUCCACGUGGUGAAAUCGAGCGGUUCUGUAAGGCUGGCCUUGCUCGCAGUGACGCGAACGUCGUUUUGGUACCUGUCCGCUUGCAUCGCGCUGUGACCAAGCGGAGGCGCCCACUGUUUGUGGAACGGUUGUACCGCUGCGGUGUGCUAAAAUAUGGCCUUGAUUCGUGCUCGUCGACGGGGAAUGCGAGAUGGUAGCAGAGCUGCAGCGUACGACGAAAAUAUGGGACGGCGGCCGCAUAGCGCUCCUCGGAGUCUUUAGGCCCUCGUCCGUUUCCCCUUCAAACACUACAGGGUGCUUUAGCAUGCCGCUGCUGCUGCACUACUGUUACUGCUACCGUCUGCGCCACCUGCCAGCUUCGCACGUGCUAGCUAAGCCACGCCGUGUGUGUUUGCGACGUGGCUUAAUUAGCAGGUGCAAAGCUGACAGGCGGCCUAGGUGAGCUGCGGCAUGCCAAAACUUCCUAUUGUUACGAAACAUUUAAAGAGUGCGCCGCCGUCUUGCUGCAACCUUUAAAAGGGUGCAGCAAGACACCGUGGUGAGCGCCAUCAUAUUCUGUCGAAUAUUCUUGUUGUCGGCGCCUGUUCGCGUUUGUUCUUCGUGUCACUGCCGUGUGGAAGAAAGCCGCCCUACGCCGGCGAGCUGCGUUGAAGGCGACUGAAGCGAGCGCAUGCGCAAUCAAAGCCUCGUGCUCGCUUAUAGUAGCGGCAGUACUUAGUCUCUGUGAUGCAUCCUCUGCGGCCCUGCGGUUCACCCGGUCCCGCCAGCAAGCGUCCGUCCAAUCAAGGCGCAGCCUUCAGUGCUUGCUGUACUCGCCACGUCCGUUGCGCAGGCUUCAGCUUGACGUUAAUGUCCGCCAGUAUUCGACUAACGCAGCCUGCUGUAGCCCUCUCUCUGUUCAAACUGUUCAAACUGGGGUCGCUGAGGAACCAGUGGCUGGCGCAGGGGCCUGGCUUGCGAGUUAGUACAGCGACGAAACUCGCUUGCCUUCGCAUUCCCCAUUGUUCCCCUUUGGGUAGAGCCUGGACCUUUGUAAGCUCGCGACGAGCUGUUAAAUGCUCACCUUUCGCUUCUGGUGGAAGCGGCCACCUGACGGUUACCUGACCGCGACCUUUUCUUGUUCGCUGUAUAGCUGUUUUGUGCUUGAAAAAUGGCGUGCAUCCCGUAUCGAUAGCGCCACUUUACUGUGACCGCGCGAAACGACCGUAGCCGUGCUAAUUUAGGGCGUCUGAUCUGUACUUUAGAGACAACGUGAGUGGCUACUUUGAACCCGGAAGCUGUUGUGGCUAUUGAAGGUGCUGCGGAAAAAGAGAGAAAAAAAUGGUUCUUAAUGUUGUUGUUAAUGCCAUUUGAAGACAGCUGAAGGGCAGUUGUUGAGACCGUAUAGGAAAUCAUUUCACGUUGUACAGGCUUCCUUUUUCCAGCUUGCUUGCGUGACCACAAAAUCGUACGAAGGCGUCUCGCGUGCCGAACCCUAUAGCAGUAGCACCGGGACCAGCUGACACACUAGACGCCUCGAAACCUGCCUCGUGGCCUCCGUGGUCCUCAGCGCGCGCGGGGUGUUACCGCGCGCGCUAAGUAUCUCUGAGGUGAUGCCUACCGACACGCAGUGCCGGCGCGAACGAUAUGGUGGCAUCUUAAAAGACAACAGCUGCACAUUGACUCUCAACUUCGCUCCCGUGGAUUGUUUGGCGCGCGUACGGACACUGAUAGAAAUUUGUUAAGUCCACUUGCCACUGCGAUGCGAGAGCGCGCUUUGGCUGCACCUCGGUGCAUACGUCUCCCACCUUCCACAAAGUGGUCGCGGAAGUAGCCUGGAUCAUGCCACUUUCGCACGUGGUAUGAUCGAGAAAGUGAAUCUGGCAAUGGUCAUCUUUAUUUUUCGAACCCGACCUACUCCGUUGCUUUUAGGCCCACUAGGCUCCUGGACGUUUACUGCCUUGGGCACAUCCAGUGAUCGAUGGUUGCCGUCUGAAGUCUAACGAAAAGUUCAGUCGCGUCGUCAGAUGUCUGCAGAGCCGAGAUAUACGCGUGAAAGAAGCAGCAGCAUAUGGUGUUAGCGUCGGUGACCGCCGUGAUAAAUUCAUUCUUCAAAAGCGUUUGCUCGCCACUCAUCAUGUCUCGCAAAGUCACGAUAUUUCUCAUCCAAUUUGAGCCGCAUGCUUGCUCGUGAUGACAGCUCCAUAAUACACAACAUUCCAUUCUGAACGCGCCGAAGGUCGAGCAGAGAACGGUGUCCGGAUUGUUUCUUUUUUAACUUGCACUUCCCUUUUACGUAAGCUGGUGGUAAAAGAAAAUUACAGAAAGGGCAACAACCGAUGAACGGAAGCAACUUAGAAAUGAUCAGGAACAAAAUGUCAUAAAUGGCUUGAAGGAAUGAACGCGGUUAAGAAACGAGAAUGUCUCCGCGUUUCGGUAGGAGGUUUUUGAAUUCUGGCUGUCGCUUAUGGCAAGCUUUGUCUCGUGAGAGAGAAUCAUCGCAUACUACUAACUCGAACCCAACUUCGUGUGGUGCUUCAAUAAAGGGGGGGGUCACGGUCGAGUAGAUUUAUUGCGAGGUGUCUGCCUAAUGACUUAAAAGCGCAUAACAAAGACCGAUCUAGUUAUGUUGAAAACAGAGUUCCCGCUGGCGUAUCUUGUGGACUCCCGAACUCGAAUCGUGGUACUGCUGCAUUCCCCAUUUCCACGCGAAAUAAACGUCGUUCUCCAGGCCGAAGGGAACCUUUCCAGAGAAGUUUUUCUGUUGUGCUGAAAUAUGCGAUGCAGUUUGUAAACGUUGUAAGCUACGAAGCGGCGGUCAUGCUAGACGGAACCUAGCUGGUCAGAUUCAGUUCUUUCUUUACAUGGAAUUGAUAAAGUUGCUUAAAGGCAAUAUAAUUUUUACCCUAAAGUGGUUUAUUCGUCAGCCAUCGGUGAUGAUGGACAAAGGUAUGAAAGAAAUUGCCCAAGUGCGCUUGUCCACACCUCUCGUUUGACCCCACCAAGAUGCAGACUGGACAUCGCUUUGCGAGCUAGAUCAAUGGUUAAUUCGAUUCACCUUCAUUUCCUCAACUAUAGUGUCAAGAGGUGCUACACCUUGCUAUGUUUCACAAGUACAACGUGGCGUCGUUUGCAUGUCUCCAUUCGCUUCAGCCAGUGCAGGCUUCUAUGUCGAUUUCGACAAUAUGGCGGAAUUCCACAAUCUCCAUAAAGCACCCCUAGACAGAGCAGCCGCUCUUGCGGCGCCAUCUUGUGACACUGUAUCGAACCAAAUUAUUUUGCAAUUUUAUCGCAUUGUGCGUCUGUGUUCCAUGCGACGCGACGCGACGUCGCAGAGUCACAAGGUGGCGCAACUAGCGCUGCUGCUCGCGUUCCCGUUCCGGUAUUGGAACGGAAGUGCUGACACGCUUACGCUCAAGCUAAAAUUCCAUUCAAAAUGGCGGCAAGGCUUAAGUAGUACCUUUGUACAUGGGGCUUUUGGCUGGAGGGAUUUCGAGACAUGAGCGAGGCCCUUUCUUUGGCCCAAGCGUGUGUACCUACCUCGUUUCAUUGUACACGCUGCCGAUUCCUGCGGUUGUUACCAUUUUGGUGACCUAAUGGGCGGUCACGCCAUCGUCCCUUCGUUACACUCUGUGACCGCUUUUGCGCAGAUUGUUUUGUGCGGUGUGGGUGCACGCUAAGGCGUACUCGAGAAUGUGAAUGGCUUUAAUACUGUUGGUUCGCUGUUGGUGUAAUACUGGUUGUUAUCGCCGGGGCGUUUCUUCAAGGUCUUCUGUAGCGUCGAGUCCUCUGUUGCUUUCGAUCUACGUGCUCACCCACAGUGAACUCUUGUCGUCGCAGAGAUAUGCUGCCUAAACGGCACGAAAGUGUAGAUACAAUCCGAGGUCGUAAUAUAUAUGUAUACAUACCGCAUACACAUGUUGUAAACGUGUUCUGAGCUGACGAGCGCGUAAUAUAUACGUGUAAUCUCGAAAAUCAAGACGAUAGUGACCGGCGAAGACGCCCAGCGAUACUUCCGGUGUGGAUGCGUUCUUCUUCGGGAGCCUAUAGCUGUUCUUUUCCACUUGAUACGCGAUACCGAACAAAACAAAAAGGCAAGUGUCUUCUUGUCGGAGGCAGAAACAACUUGUUGGCUCAAUCACGUGAUCGUUUCAGAAGGCGGCCAGCCUUGCUUAACACUCUUGGGACGUUGUUUGGUGGCCUCGCAGUGUUUUUCCCCCUCCGAUGGUUGGGUUGUAUGUAUUUUUUUUCUUGCCACCGCGGCCACUAUGGAGUUUUAGCGCGCCCGUCAAUUAUUGCCGUUUACGGAAUAACGGAGACGCGGAGCGCUGGUGACGCCGUAUUUCGACGGUAAGCUCAACUAUUGAGCUCACAAAAGUAAGAUUGCAGCGACCACGUUCUACUUCGCUGCUGCUGUGUAGGCGUCGGCAGCCCCCUUCAGCGAGGGCACCCACUAAAAAAAAAAAAAAAGCAAACACUUUAUGGCUGAAGAAAGAAUCACGAGGUGGCGCUACCAGCAAUCCGAAGUUCCCAUAUUCCGUAAUCGAGACCGGCUAAAGGUUUAUAAUGAAGAGUUCUAACUUCGCAAAUGUAUUGCAGUUUACUGAAUACCGGGUUACCAGGGGUGUUUGCGUUAGCGGUCGCGUUAGUGGGGCCAUCUUGUGGUGCUGAGUUUAAAACUAAAGGAUACACAGCUAUUAUUGCAAUGACGAACCAUAUUCUACUGAACUGUUUGCACAAAGCGUCUGCAGCGAGAUAAUCGUCAGUCUUCUUUUUUUUUCUUAAUUCUCCUUCGACAAGAGCAACUGUGUAACAGAAACAUUUCUAACGCGUUGUGGUUGGAUGAAGCAUCGCAAGAUGUCGUUACCCGUGUUACCGCUGCCGUCUACAGCUCCGGUAACCCAGUAUUCCGCAAGCGGUAAUAUGUUCACGGACACGCUAGGACUCUGUAACACAGCUUUAGCCUGUUUGUAAAGGUACUAAAGUUUACCGGGUGUCGAAGUACGUACACGGCAGCUGUAGCGCUGGUAGCGCCAUCUUGUAACGCUUUCUUCAACACAUGAGAAACGCGUUUGCGCCGCGUCAUUGUUCUCGCAGAAGGGAAAACAAACCUGUUAUAUACUAAUGACUGCUGCUGCUGACGCAUUUCUACCAUAAUAAUGCUAUAUUUGCGAUUAUAGUUUUGUACGAUCUCGUUGACGUUAGCGUCGGGAGAUGGCGCCACCAUUUCUGCUCCGGACGCCUGUCGCUGGGGUUUAGCUAUUCCGUAAAUUAUAACACGUUUUACAAACUAAAAUUCUCAAACAGAGCUUUUUCUCUUCCGUCAACGUAUUACUUCGGUAACACGUAGCCAUAUUAAAGUUGUUCCUUCAACGAGAGCACUCGUGUAGCACAAGCUUGUUUCUAACGCGUUGUGCUUGGAAAGGGCGUCACAAGAUGUUGCUACUAGCGUUGCCACAACUGUAUAAGGUAUUCCGUAAAGGGUAAUAAGUUUUCGGACACGCUAACGCUCUCUGAUGUCGCCGCCCCGGUUACGUGGAAUGGGUGCCUUGGCCGUUGUUCCUUGCGCGCGCUAUCAGGGCGCUCGCCGUUCAAGAGCGCGCCGCGGCUUGUAUCGCGUGCCUCGCCUAUGGAAAAGGGAAGCCGUCACCUGAGGGUUCUGCUCACACUGUGAUUCCUCGAGCAAAACUCGACGCGGAUAUUAUUUUUCCUACAAUAAAAAUUGUGCAAAGAAAGAG